GAGAUGCGAGGCAGGGCUCAUGCGGGAGGGACGUGUGAGGAACAGGCACUAGAGAUGACACGUACGGCGAAGGAGACAGGGCUGGGCUAGAGGCAACGGGCCGUGGGCCCAGCGGCUUGUGCUGAGGGCAGCAGACGCUCGGGGAGCGGGGAAGGGCAGGGGACCAGGGCGGUGGCCAAGGCCGCUCUCGGACGCAGUGUCUCCUCCCUGCCGGCAGGGGCCGCUGCGGCCAGGCGCCUAGAGGGAGCGCGAGCAGCCCCGGGGGAAGCGAGUCCGCGAGUGGGGCUGACGCGUGCGCACCGCCGACCGCCCCGGUUCGGGUCCCCUGUUUCUUGGCCUGCGGCGCCGACUGAGCCCGGGGCAGCACGCGAUGGCCGUGGGCACGGGCACCUCGCUGGCGCUGUCCUCCCUCCUGUCGCUGCUGCUCUUCGCCGGGAUGCAGAUGUACAGCCGGCAGCUGGCGUCCACCGAGUGGCUCACCAUCCAGGGGGGCCUGCUGGGCUCAGGCCUGUUCGUCUUCUCGCUCACCGCCUUCAAUAAUCUGGAGAAUCUGGUUUUUGGCAAAGGAUUCCAAGCAAAGAUCUUCCCUGAGACUCUUCUCUGCCUCCUGCUGGCUCUCCUUGCAUCUGGCCUCAUUCACCGAGUCUGCGUCACCACCUGCUUCAUCUUCUCCAUGGUCGGCCUGUACUACAUCAACAAGAUCUCCUCCACCCUGUACCAGGCAGCAGCUCCUGUCCUCACCCCAGCCAGGGUCACGGGGAAGGGCAAGAAGAGAAAUUGACCCUGAAUGUCUAAUAAAGUUGAUCUUUGUAGUCCCGGGA